CAUUCAUAAGCUUCAAUUUAUUCAUUUGUACUCUAGCGGUUGAGUCGUUCUGAGAGCGACAGCGUAGAAAUAUGCAGCGACAUUUAAUUUGGUUCAACUUAUUAUUCGCGGGCACACUUGCCUUCAACUAUCAAUGCCUUCCACAUCCGAUUGCAUCCGUGUGCAUAAUUGACUUCAUAUCUUACAGUCCUGGCGAUUUGGUUACCUUUCCCACCAACUAUCAAGAGUACCACUUCAAGUCAGCGCAUUCCAUGACGGAGUUUGAAUCACUUGUGACCUAUUUCGACGAUGCUCUCUACCAAGCCAUGCAUCAACCGCUGAGAAUCGAAAUGGAACGGGUUUUUAUGGAAGAAUUGACAUUGCCUCCAGCAUUGCUGCUGGGAAAUUUUGCCAGCAACAUAAUACAUUCAGUUAAUGUCUCCAGCGACCAGAACUACCGUAUCGCCUAUCUCGAUUUAGAGAGCAACAGGCUGAGAAAUAUUGAGUUUGUGAGCAAGCUUGUUAAACUGGAGAUACUACACUUAGAGAGGAACAUGAUAGGAAGCAUUCCCGGUUCCGUGCUGAGUUCACUGACGGAACUUAAACAUCUUUACCUCCAGCGGAACUUUAUCGCAACGAUACCUUGGAACGAGCUACCACGUGGUUUGAUCCACUUGGACUGCUUUGCUAAUUUCGUUGAUGUGGUGGAGUUCACCAACGUAAGUCUUCCGUCGUUGGAAUAUCUGAACCUUCGAUACAACAAGCUGUCCGCAAUCAACGUAACGGCCUUGCUGCUGGUUGCUCCCAAGCUUAAGGAUGUCUAUCUGUUCAACGAUAGAGUUAACGAGUCCCGAAUGGAUGAAAUUAAAGCUGAACUGGCUGAGAACAAUAUUAGCUUUGUCGAAAAGUAUGAGUACUGGCAUCUGUGUUUCCAAAACAGUAAUUUGAAGUACGUAGAUGGAAGAUGCCUACGGUAUGAAGAACUUCCAAUCACUACUGGCAAGGCUGUACUGCUUUCGUGCGUAACCAUUGGAGUUGCCGUGCUGUUCGCGUACAUUUUACUCUUGUUCUAUAGGCACAUGAACCGAUAACGCUCUCUUUAUUCAUAUGGAAUCCUUGCGACUUCUAUACAAAACAUCAAGACUAUCGCAUGAUCGAUUUCUCUUCAUCGAUCCUCUCUUCUGUGAAUAAAGGUGACAAUAUGCAAGUUUGUUAGCAUUUUCUUGCUCCUGACCGAGGAAUGCAAUCUUGCGUCCUGAGGUGAAAAAAUGUGAACAAACUUGCAUCUUGUCUCCUUUAUUCACAGAAGAGAGGAUCGAUGAAGCAAAAUUGAUGACACGGCUUACGCCCUUAUUCUAGCACACGCUUGUAAAAUUAUUUUACUAUGAUACUUUACGAAUAACUCCUUUGCAUAUAUUUCAACAUGAUGAAAUAAGUAUAUCACUUUUAAUGCUGAAACACAAUUGUGAAAAGAUGGAAAGAUAUGUUAAGAAUAAAAUUCUCGAUAGUGCAAUAUACUUCAUUUUUUUAUGAUACAGAUAUUGUUUAAAGUUCAUAUAUGUUUGGUAUGUUCAUGUGAUUUUGUACAUUCCAUUUGCUUCUGUUGUGUUCUGUGAAUGUAUUAUUAUUGAUAAAAUUGAACAGUAAAAUACAAUUUUAUAUGUAACAUUAGGAAAUCAAGCGAUUGUAUUUUUUUAGUGAAGUUGUCUCAAGGUUUUGUCCGUCACUGAUGAAUUCAAAAAAAAAAAUACGGCCUUAGGCAAGAGAAACCUUAGG